AUGGUACCGCUCAACUCUUGCUCGUACGCCGUGCUGAGCGUUGAGGAGCAGUUGAACAGAGCAACGAACGUCGCCAAGACUAUCGAGGAUAUGCUCGAACACAUCGUCAUGUCCACAACAGAGGAUGCAUUCUUUGGCACCAAGAAGAACGCCCUGGAGACUCUGAAGAGAUAUUUGAGACUACUUGCCUCAGCGGAGGGUAUACCGCGCAUGAAAUGCGCCAAAUCUGCUGUGGUUGGGGUUGCAGGCUGCUCGACGUUCUCGACGUUUGUUCGGAGGACGAGCUAUAUGAACUCCCCGAGCAUGAAUGGUUGCGUCGUGGAGCUCGCUACCGAUCUCGACAUUCUUAAUGAACUGCAGGAAGGUCUUGAUAUCCUUGAGGGUAAUGAUGACGAGGAUGAGGACAUGGGUGAUGACGCAGAUGAUUACACGGACGACUAA